GAGACAGCGUCUCCAUGACAGUCAUGUUAUUGUUGUUCAGUACAUAAUCAUGGAUGGAUGCAGGGUUUGAAUGCGUUUGUUUUCAUGGAGCACAUACAAUAAAUCCGUUUUAUACAUGCUGGAAUAAGGAAGUAUUCGUUUUAUGGUCGCGGCCUUUUUUCUGUCAUCCACGCCGGGUGUAAUAUAUCAGGUUCGGCCCAGGUUGCAGCACACUAGACUUUUUCCUUCAGUCCCUUACGAUCAGUUGGGUGGUCUGACUCUGUGCUGAUUGUGAAGCCGUAGAAGCAUGCGAGAGGAGCGGUGUGGCAGUGGCCCGAUCCGGACACAGGAGGCUCGGAGAGGCUUCGAGGGAUUAAUGGAGAAGAUGCGCAUGUAACAGCAUCAGAGGAUGAUUUCACGAUACAGCCGCCGGCCUGUAUCUCACAGCCUGGAGAUCCGUGGCUUGUCCCGCAGCUGUUUGGACCAUCAUCCUCUUCCAGAGGAGACAGACGAUGAUACUGUUCAUCCUCCUAGACACCUGCAUGAUCUACAGGAGGAUUCGUCUUCAUACAGCAGAUCAGAAUGUCAGACAGUCACCACAGACGACGCCACUCAAUCCUGGUCUGGUAUCCAUAGUUACACAGGAACUGGCAUCUCCACAGAGCGCAGCUCCGUCUUCUCCUGGGGCUAUGAUGAAUUUGAUAAGGCUGCUUCUAGACAGGUCCAGCAGAUGUUUGAGGAGAUCGACGAUCUGUUGUACGAGAGAAAAUGUGAAACUCAGCUCAAAGGUCUGCAGGAUGAAUGUCAAGAGUGGGCUUCUCGUUUCCCUCAUCUACGGAUCCUUGGGACGCAGCUGGUAUGUCCUACAGAUGAAGGAUUCCAGUGGUACGCCACACCGGCCCACAUGCCCAUGUCCUCUGGUGGCGGACAGAGCAAGGAGAAGACGGCCAAUGAAUUGUGUGUGCAGGGUCGAAGGGCUUUUUUAUGUCGGCCCUCUGUGGAGGUGACCCACUCUAGUACCACAUCUAGCAGUAACCAUGGCGAUGAGUUGCCCAGGGUGAUCGAGGCAGAGGGCUUGAUAGAAGAAUAUCUCGCAUUUGACUGCAGGGACCUGGAUGAGGAGUGGGAAAGAGAGUAUGUGAACAGAAGGCAGAGACACUUCCUUCCCCCUGUCUCGCCCUAUCGGUGUCGUCGGGAGGCAGUGCUUGAUCUUCUUUUUGAUGAUGUGUGGCGUAAGCUGAUUGGCUGGAUGGAAGAGCUCGUUCGCAGGCAUUGGGAAGGUUUCAUGUCAGACGAUGAAAAGAAUGCUGUAGCCCUCAGCCCUGCAUGUCCUGACUCCCAGAAUCCUUUUCUGCUGCUGUCCACCGCCUCAACGGUGCUUCCUCCACUUUCCCAGACCAGAACACAACAGCUUACAGCCAGCCUGCAGGCCCAGAGCUCAAAGUCAUGGGGUUCAAAGCACAAGGCAAGAAGGAAAUCCAAAAAGCAGAGAAAGUCAUCUACUACCAGUCGAGUGCCUGUAGGGGCAGCUGUUACCCAUCACAAUCUCAAUGACCUCAUCAUGAUACAUGGCAUUCCACUGCAGCAAAGGAACCUGGGGCCUCUGGACCGAAUAUCUCAGGACUCUGAGGAGAAAUUGUCUCAUCGUCCUGGCUCUAGCAUCAUUCCGGCCAAUAAACCCCGUCCCCGCCGUGCCCUGGAGCAGAGCACUUCCUCCCUGACCCGUCCCCCUCAAUCAGCACGACGACGGAACCCGCCCCCUCGCACCCUGAUGCCACUGACAUCCAGCGUAACACAGCCCAUUACAACCGGUUCUAUGGAAGAAGUGGUUAGAGGAACAAGACUGACGACUGCCAGCGAUCGUUUGACUUCACCUCCCAUGCCUCUCAGCAGAAAUACACUCCUUCCUCCCAUUGGCACUGGAGACCCAGAGCACCCGCACUCCGGACAACACUCUCGGCUCAUACAGAAACAGAGAGGCUCUUCUAGUCGGGCUCAUAGUGCAUUAACCGAUGAAGGUGUUAGUCUGCAGCCCCGAGACAAACUGCACCUGCUGGAUGUGUUUUCCAGACCCAACACUACACACACUUUCAGGUCGGAUACCCCUUAUCGACGUUCAUUCACUGGAAUAGACACCCUUGGGCAGGGUCGACCUGGCAGAGCAUCUGUUGGCAUAGAUUCUCUUGGAAUUGGUGUGACUGGCAUCAGUUUGGGCAUUAGUAGCUCCUCCUUCAUAGACUCAUUUUCCCAUCAUCCUCUAGGUCACUUCCCAGUCGAGCAUGAGGAGGAGACAGAGGCAAAAGCUUCUCUUCCAGGGGUGCCUAAUCCUGCUCCUGGAGAUCUGCCAUCAUGUAGAGUUCAGCUUCAACCCAUAAAACACCUGAACCAGGUCAUCAACAACAAGACAAAUAACAGCACGUUCCCAUAACAGAGGUGGUACAACGGCACGCAGUAGCAGACCAGGGCUUUAAAACACAUAUGCACACAUUCACACACACAUGGUCCCCAACGCACCUCAGCACUGAUGCUAAACUUUUCUUCAGUACUGAUAGACACUUUACAAAUCUGCUGGACUUUUGUAUAACAUGCUGUUUGGGCAUGUACUUUAUUUAUGAGGACUAUUGUUAUUAUUAAUAGCAUUCUUAUUCAUGUUGUGCUUUGAAAUUUUCUAAAACCGUAUUUUUGUAUAUGGGACUAUUCAGCUUCAUAUGGCUGCCAAAUAACUGUCUAUCUCUACAUCUGCAGAUGUACUGUACCCGAUGUACUGUAUUGAGCAACAACUUUUUGUUUUCCUUAUGACGGCUUUUUGAGGUCUACGUGGCAUUUUUAUGAAGGCUUUACAAAGCAUGGCUAGGUUGAGGGUGCCUGGAUGUAAUGGAGGUGAAUCUAGCUAAAGGUAAUGCUUUCGAUUGGACAUUUCUUCAUGCAAAUUAAAAAAAAGUUUUAACAGCCCUGUUAUUAUUUUUAAGGGUUGUAAUAAUACUUAUAGCAAGUUUUCCGUGUUAAAAUGUCCUUGAAUAUUUCACUGUCAGUAUUUCACUAUGUACUGUAGAACAACGCACCUUAACAUUCUCAAAGUUCACUUAUUGUCAGUGUGACAUCAUAAUUGUAUCCAGGUUUUUAUACCCACCUCCUUUCAUAGCUUCAGUCUGGGAACAACGUGACCCUGUUUUUUAGGGUGGAACAGUACAGAUUGAAAUUCUGGAACUGUGCGGCCAUAAUGACAGCUCAAAAGAGGACUGAAAAUUUAAUGUUUCUUAUUUUUUAAGAUUAGUUAUUCAGAAAACAAGCCUUUGUAACUAAGCCUCAGUCCCAUGAGCCAUACAAAGCAUGCAUUGUUUGGCUUGACAAGUGAGAGAAAAUGUAAGGAUGCUUUAAUAAUAAUAUACAUAAAAAAUGCACACAAAAAGAGUUCAGGUUUCAUUCAAUUAACUGUACUGUAAACAUAUUUUUGUUGGCAUGAGGUGGACAGGCAUAAAAUAAUUAUUUUAUAAUUAUUUGAACAUCCACUAAAAUGGUCAUUUGGUUUCUGUGGUGCCAGCAAAUUCUUAAAUACAUAACUGUUGAAGCACAUUUUUUUCUGCAUACAAUUUUUGGUAGCUAUUGAAUGUGACUCUUAAAGGUUUGAAAUGUUUAUGUGGCAGCUUUAUCGUAAAAGCAUUUUAUUGAAAUUGCACCAGUUCUGACAAGCAUCGAUCCUCUGUACUAACUGAACCUCUUAUCAGAUUUGAUUAUUGUGUUGAUCUUGGUGAGUGAGUGCUGCUUUUAAUACACUUUUCUAUCUGAAGAGUAACCUAUCUCAAAGCAUGUAUUACAAGUGUACAGGCCAUGAGAUUGAUGAUGUUUGAUGAUAAGUCAGAUGGAUUCCUUAACAGCCAUAAUGAAGUGAUGUCACAGGAAGCUUUCUGUCAUCUCUUCAUACCGCACCCUAAUGCCUCUGAGACGGCUUCACCAAUUCUUCACUCAGCUCAGCAAGGACAAUCUAAAGUUGCCGAAGUUGUAGCCAUGUCUGAGAUUUUUUUCUUGAAUUCCAGUUGAUAUUCUGCUAUAGGUAUGCGGCUAGAUAUUCUGAUAUAUCUGUAGACCACAAAACUUUAUUGCUGCUGGUUUGAAUUGGGCAGAUUGACAGACUUGUCAUGUGCUGCUCUUCAACACGGAUGCAUACAGUUUUUUGGUGAGAUAACGUGUUCAGGAAAGAGUGUUCGGUUUCCUGUGUGGAAAUAAUAAUUUGUAGUGAAUCUGAUUGAGAUUACAGAGCUGGAUGUGUGCGUGUGUGGGUAUGUGGUGGAGGUGAAACGCCUCUUUUUUUUCUAGGUGUAGCACUGCUGUAUGAUGAUUCCCUCUGAAUGUUUACUUCUGUAACAGAAUGGCAAAUAAAAAUGUUAC